UCGCGUCAUGUAAAACAUGGCGGAUUAGUGUGUGCAUGGGUUUUGCUAUUUGCCACCCGUCGUCGAUAAAUGAACGCUUAUUUCUCCCAGAAAACGACAUAUUCUUGAACAGGUAAAAAUGUUUCGUCGGUCAAGAUUUAGUAUUCGGCCCAAUGUCGGUACGGCGGGGAGAACAGCAGCAACACCUCAGGAAGCCCCUUCAGCAAAUCAGGAGGCCAGUGAGAACCCCAAAGAUGUCAGUGAGAGCAGCACUGCUACUGCUGUGGCUGAUAACAAGUCUGUUGUGACCCCGUCAGAAAAACCUACAGCCUCAGGGGAUGGUAAUGACCAGAAUGGAGAAGGUACCAGCUCUUCAGCAGCACUCCAGAGAAGGAAGCGGUUUUCCAUCAAGCCUAAAGUGGCACCAGGUCGCCCCUCCACCCUUGCGCGGGCACAAAAAUCCCCUGUCAAGGCAGUGUCUGAAACUUCUACUGAAGUCCCUGUCUCAGACCUCGACAAGUCAACUACGUCCAGCCAAACUGGGCCUACAGCUGCCCCUCAAAGACUCCAGUCCCCAAGGCGACGGAGGCCUUCAGAAGAGAGCAAACAGCCCAAAAUACAACCUAAACCUACCCUCAUCCCUUCUGACAGUUCAGAACCCUCAGCUCCUCCUACAGCUGAGGACUCUCCAGAACAACCCCAUCUGCCGACAGACAGUGGCAAAGAAUUAGAAAGCACACCAGGCAGUCAAGUUAAAGAAGUUCUUUCCAAAAUACCAGAUAAAGUGCCCCCCUCUCUACCAGACAAAGAAGCUAUCGAGAUAUCAGAAAAAGCCAAGACUUUGGUGUCAUCUAAGUGUGGGCUUUCAGUGUCAGCACCAGCGUUCUCCUUGAGUAGACUCCUGAAUGACCCGUCAGACUUACAGAGGCUUGCAAAGGCCCAAAAGCUCCGAGAGUUGCUCAAACAGGAGAUGAACAAAGAAAAGAAAAUGAAGAAAGCCAAGGCACGUACAAAGGAAUAUACCAUAGAUCCCGCCAAAAUGACCAUGAGGGACCUUAUCCGCUAUCUGCCGCUGUCUAACCCCAUGACAUCUAAUUUAGAAGAGUCAGCUCAAGAGAAUGAGACUGUGGUCCCACCUUCUCCUGCAAGAGAGGAGUCACCAGAGAGAGCGCAGCAACCUGAGGUCCCCCCUAAAAUAGCGAGCCCAAGGGAGGAGGAAGAGGCGGAGCCAGAGGCAGAGGCAGAGGAAGAGGAGGAUGAUGGCAUCAUGGUUCCUCAGGUUAAAGUAGCAGAGGAUGGCUCAUUGAUCAUUGAUGAAGAGAGUUUGACAGUGGAGGUCCAGCGAGCCAAAGGGCCAAAUCCAGCACAAGAUCGUGACCCUAUCUUUGAGCGGGGCUCCACUACGACCUACUCAAGCUUCAGAAAAGGGACCUAUUCGAAGCCCUGGUCCAGUGAAGAGACAGACAUGUUCUUCCUGGCAAUUAGCAUGGUGGGAACAGACUUUUCCAUGAUUUGCCAGCUGUUUCCUCACAGAGCACGAUCAGAAAUAAAGAACAAAUUCAAAAAAGAAGAGCGAGAGAACGCCUGGAGAAUUGACAAAGCUUUCAGAGAGAGGCGCAAACUGGACAUAGAGUAUUUUUCUAAGCUGCUGGAAAAGAUUCUGGAAGUUCAGAAAAACAGGAAGAAACUCAAGUCUCUUGCUGGGAAGAAGUCCCCCAAGAAGCCCAAGAGAAAGGCAAAGGACAAAAAAGCUGCAAGGAAGCUGAGUGUUGUGGAGGAGGAAGAUGAGGAAGAGCAGAAUGAAAUUCCUGACUUGGAGGAGGAGGAGGGAGAGAAAGAGAAUGAGGACCUCUGUAAUGAGGGAGGAACCACUGUUGCUAAGCCUAAGAAGAAACGCAAAAGAAAGAGCAAGCAGGAUGACACGACAGAGGAACCAAAUGACAAGAAAAACAAAACGGGUCAAAAGAGCAAUGAACAAGAUGAGGCCUACAUACCCGAAGACACUGAGGCAGCACUUCCUGAGGACCGUCCAAAUUCAGACAUGGCUGAAAAGACUGAGAAUGUGAAUGCAGCCAAGAACACCACAAUCAAGCCAGCUAAACUCUCACGAGGCCGAGCACCAACACCAUUACUGCCCCUUGGCCGGAAGUGGGGUAAAAAGCCUCCACCACCCUCCACAAAGGCCAAUGAUAGUGCACCAGAUAAAGGGGAUGAGAGUGUGAUUGAUGGAGCCUCUGAGGAGCAGGUAAAUAAAGAUGCAUCACCCAAUAAGAGGAAGUCCGCCAAUGAUGACAUUUCCUCUGAAGAAGAGGAUGCAACCGUUCAACCUCCGAGACCCACCAGGUAUGGGAGAGUGCCCAAACCAACCAAGCCCUUGAAUUACCCAGCCAAAGAAGCUGCACACUCCUCUGAAACCAUUCCCGCCUCGCCAGCGGGGUCCACUGCCUCUGCUGCCAGGCCUAAACCCAAAGGCACAGCCAAGAGGGGAAGAUCAUCAAAGCCACAAUCAGCCCAAGAGUCCAAAAGACCCAAACUGGUCACCCUCAGGGCUUCUCAGUCAGAAUACAGUGAUGACGAGGAUGAAAUGCAGCGAGAAGAAGAGGAGGUGGAGGAAGAGGAGCAGCCUGCAUGCAGCUACAGUAAGGACAGCACUGCCCCUGUGUUUGUGCCAGCCAGCCUGCGCUCCCCACAUCCUGUGAUUUCAGAAGUGGAAGAGACAAUGGAGGAGCUUGAUAUCUUGGCCAAUAUGCCUGAUGUGUUGGGCAUCUCCCAAGAUGCACUGUGCCCUGAUGCCUCUUGCGAGCAGGCACAAAAUGAGACAGGCACAGUUGAACCGUGUGAACAUCAGCUGGACCUGCUUGUUGAUGUAAUAGACUUUCUUUCUUCAGAACACACAGAAGUAUCUGAGGACGCUAGCUACAACGAGGCUGCUCAAACCCUGUUGACCAUCGGGAAUCUGACACACCUGUCUCAGUCAGCUGUGAAUCAAAUCACCAUACAAGAUCACAUAACCGUUGCAGGGACAACAUCAGAAAGUGUGAAUGAAACCAGCCAACACCAAGAAGAAGAGAUUGGGUCAGUGCCUGCUGCACAAGAGGAAAAAAGCGCCAUACCUGUUAUGUCAGAAAUGUUUGGUCAUGGAGUCACUGAAACAUCAGAAAAUGUUACCACUGUGGAGCUACAAAACAGUGCAGCAGACAACGAUGAUGUUCCCAAUAUUAAAUUCAGUGAUCAGAGUGCUGGUUCUGAUAUGGACCCUUCACAUCAAUUGCACUCAAGUCCAGAGGGCCCAAAAAACAAAUCUCCACAGACAAGGAAAGGAUGCUUACCUAAGGUGAAACCAAAACCCAACCUAGGCCAGGCUUCAAGGACUGGUCAGUCAAAAUCCAUUCCAGAGACAUCAACAGUACAGACAGCUGAAGAGAGCUGCACAGUUGCUCCUGAUCAUUCUCAAGCCUCUGAGACACUAUCACCUACAGAGGAAGCCCCUAAGACAGCAGAGUGUAGUCAAGAAUUGUUAAAAGAUACUUCUUGUAUUGAAGCUAAACUUACAGGAGAGCCAUUUGGCAUUCAGCCGAGGUCUGGUGAUCACGUAAAAUCAGGUGCAGCAACAUCUGAUCAGAGUACCUCAGGGAAUCAGAACCUCUCUGAAGCCCAGUUUGAACCCAGCAGGGAACAGGCCACCACAGACACAAGGCCAACAUCUGAGUCCACAGAUGAAAAAGUGAUGUCUCAUUUUGGGACAACUGAGAAUAGUUGUAAAAAUGCGCUGACAUCUGACUCAGCAGCCACAGAAUCACAAGUUGGCCAAGGUUUAAACAGAGACUCAGUUCCUGCACAAGAGAGCAGCGACCAUUCUGCACCAUGUGUUACACCUGUAGAAGAAUUACCAGUCAGUCAGAAAGAAGAAAGUAAAGUUGCAUCUGCUUGCCAAACCAGGAGGAGUCGAUUCCAGAAAGUCAGACCCAACCUAGCACAGACAUCAAGGACUGUACGUUCCAAACCUGAAACCACAAAAGCUACUAUGGAGAAAGAUUCCAACCAAACUCCAAAACCCAAAUUCAAUGAAAAAACAAUAGUAGAGGUUGAAGCAGAACCAACUUGUACCACUUCUCCUGAAAACCCAAGUCAAAGUCACGAUCCUGCUUCAGAUUUGACACCAUCAUUAGAGUUAGGGUGUACUCUUCCAUCUACAGACAAACUGUCUACAACUGAGGACAAAAAGACAAAUGUUGGAGUUGUGUGUCAGGUAGAAUCAGAUGAUGCAACAUCUGAUCAGAGUACCUCAGGGAAUCAGAACCUCUCUGAAGCCCAGUUUGAACCCAGCAGGGAACAGGCCACCACAGACACAAGGCCAACAUCUGAGUCCACAGAUGAAAAAGUGAUGUCUCAUUUUGGGACAACUGAGAAUAGUUGUAAAAAUGCGCUGACAUCUGACUCAGCAGCCACAGAAUCACAAGUUGGCCAAGGUUUAAACAGAGACUCAGUUCCUGCACAAGAGAGCAGCGACCAUUCUGCACCAUGUGUUACACCUGUAGAAGAAUUACCAGUCAGUCAGAAAGAAGAAAGUAAAGUUGCAUCUACUUGCCAAACCAGGAGGAGUCGAUUCCAGAAAGUCAGACCCAACCUAGCACAGACAUCAAGGACUGUACGUUCCAAACCUGAAACCACAAAAGCUACUAUGGAGAAAGAUUCCAACCAAACUCCAAAACCCAAAGUCCAUGAAAAAACAAUUGUAGAGGUUGAAGCAGAACCAACUUGCACCACUUCUCCUGAAAACCCAAGUCAAAGUCACGAUCCUGCUUCAGAUUUGACACCAUCAUUGGAUUUAGGGUGUACUCUUCCACCCACAGAGGAGAUGUCUUCAAUUGAGGACAAAAAGACAAAUGUUGGAGUCGCUGGUCGGGUAGGACCAGUUACAGCAACAUCAGAUCAAAGCUUCCCAGAAAACCAGAACUUAAUUGAAUCCCAGUUUGAACCCAGUAGAGGACAGGCCACCACAGACACAAGGCCAACAUCUGAGUCCACAGAUGAAAAACUGAUGUCUCAUUUUGGGACAAAUGAGAAUAGUUUUAUUGAUCCACUGACAUCUGAGUCAGCAGUCAUGGAAUCACAAGUUGGCCAAGGGUCAAAGAGAGACUCUGCCCCUAACCAGGAGAGCAGUGCCCAUCCUGCUCCAUGUGUUACAUCAGUAGAAGAAUUACCUGUUGGUCAGAAAGAAGAGAGUAAAGUUGCAUCUGCUUGCCAAACCAGGAGGAGUCGAUUCCAGAAAGUCAAACCCAACCUAGCGCAGACAUCAAGGACUGUACGUUCCAAACCUGAAACCACAAAAGUUACUUUGGAGAAAGAUUCCAACCAAACUCCAAAACCCAAAGUCCAUGAAAAAACAAUUGUAGAGGUUGAAGCAGAACCAACUUGCACCACUUCUCCUGAAAACCCAAGUCAAAGUCAUGAUCCUGCUUCAGAUUUGACACCAUCAUUGGAUGUAGGGUGUACUCUUCCACCCACAGAGGAGAUGUCUUCAAUUGAGGACAAAAAGACAAAUGUUGAAGUCGUUGGUCAGGUAGCAUCAGAUGGUGCAACAUCAGCUCAGAGUACCUCAGAAAACUGUUUCUCCUCUGAAGCCCAAUUAGAAUCCAGUAGUAAACAGGCCACCACAGAGACAAGGACAAUAUCUGAGUCCACACAUGAAAAACAGAUGUCUCAUGUUGGGAUAACUGAGAGUAUUUGUAAUGAUCCACUGACGCCCGACUCAGCACUCUCAGAAUCACAAGUUGGCCAAGCAUCAGACACAGCCCCUAUUCAAGGGAGCAGUGGCCAUCCUGCUCUAUGUGCAACACCUGCACCAGCGUUACCUGUCAGUCAGAAAGAAAAGAGUGAAGUCGAAUCUACUUGCCAGAGUAGGAGAGGUAGAUUACAAAAAGUCAAACCCAAACCCAACUUACCACAAAGAACUGUGCGCUCUAAACCUCAAACCACAAAAGAUCCUGCUUCACCUAUGCAGUUUGCAGAGAAACCCUGCAGUCCAACUUCAGGGCCUGAGUCCACAGCCAACACAACAGCACAGGUAGAAGCAAAGCCAACUUGCAGCACCAUCCUUCCUGAAGCACCAAGCCGAAUUAAAAAUACUGACACUGCUUCAGUGUCACUACCAUCAUUGGAAGUAUGCUCAACUCAUAAAACCACAGAUGAAUUAUUUUCAACUGAGGAGCAAAAGACAGAUGUUGUGUGUAGACUAGAGCCAGAGAGCUCAGAACAAAAUGUUUCUCAAAGAAGGCAACGCUUUCCCAAGAUCAAACCCAAACCCAAUUUAGGAUCAUCCCUGCGAACUACACACACAAAACUGCAGUCAAAUGAUAUCAUUAAACCCUCAGAACAGUGCCAUACAGGUACCUCUUUAACCUCAGAACAACAGCCUCUGGAAAAUAACAAUGCACAAACAGAAGUGGAACCGACAACAGACAGCGAGCACCUAACAAGCACACAUUGCACCUUACAUUCAGAACUGAGCUCAACAAUGUUAGCACCUGCAGAGUCAGGGAAGUCGCUUGACAGCAAAAAUGAUAAAGAUACAUCCUCUGACAUCAUAACAGCAUCUUGGGUUGCUGAAAAUCAGUCUGUGCUGACAGACUCAGUUCUUGAAAAUGAGAGCACCGAAAAACCCACAGUUGAAGAGGAAUCCACAAUGGACAAAAUGUCAAAUUAUGACAAGGUGGAGGCCGGACCUGCUUCACAAUGGGACUGCCAACAGGACACGUCUAUUAGAGCUACAGAGACAAAUACCCAACCAACAGAUAAUCCAACUGCAGUUUCAGACAUCCAGUGUUCAGAAGGUGGUUCAGCAGAGUCAAAAAUUGAAUCUGCACUCCCUACUAAUACACAGUACACAACGGAUCCAAAAGAAGGCGCUCAGCUACCACAGUCAGAGAAUGAUUCUGAGGCACAAAGUCAAGAUUCAGUCCAACAGUGUUCUGAAACUAAUCAAACAGCAGCACAAAGCACUGAUAACAGACAGUCAGAGCCAGUGGACUGUCCUUCAAGAAAACCUGCGCUGACUCGUAGAGGCCGGCUUAUUAAACCCAAACCCAGCCUUGGCCGCAGCAGUCGACCUCGACAACCCCAGCAAGUUCAGCAUACAAAACAAGCAGAAGCAGAAGGUAUGGAUGCUUCAGUUUACAAACCUGUGUCUGAACACCAACCUGAAAUCCUGGAACCAGCAGAGGGAGCUAUUGAACAAUGUAGUGACCCAAAUUCCCCUCCAAAUGAUUCUGGAUCCUCACCAGGCUGCUUGACACAAGUUAUGGAACAGUUGAAUCAACAUGACUCCACUCCAGAUGUUGCUGGAUCCUCUCUUGGUUGUGUGAAACAAGUACCUGACAGUUUUUCUCAGGAUGCAUCAACAUCAAGUACAGGAGGCACCCAGAGUCAUCCAAAUCUCACAAUAUUUCCAGACAUGCUGCCGCAGCAGGAGCCUUCAGAUCCAGAUGAACCGUUCUUCAUCCUCUCGCUGACUGAGAUCCCAGUCUGCUCAGCAGGAGAGGUGUUGGGCAGUGUGCCCGAGCCCCUCCCUUAUCUUCCUGUAACAGAAGCAUCAGUAGAGCAACAGAGCAAUCCUGGAGAAAGUUUGGCAGCAGCAGGGGGCGAGCUUCUCUCUAAUGUUGCUGUGCCUGUGUCCAUGGCGGAGAGCGGGGAGACAGGCCUCAUCAAUGUCAUAGAUAUUGGGCCUGACCCAACUGCAUAUAUAGGUUCAAUCAUGGAGCAUCCAGUGGAUCCACACGAGAGUACAACAGUCCAUCCAUCUAAAUUACCAGAGACCAUAGAGAAUAAUGAGACUGAAAUCGCCCCUACAAAGCAGAGACUAAUGAGCAUUAGAGGAAGAGGACCAGCCAAACUGCAGGUAGAGCCCAAUACUACAAAGAGGAAAGAAGCCAGCAAAGCCCUCGCUGCCAAGGAAGCAGAGCCAAUCCCCAUCCAAACAAACACCACCCUGCACUCAGAGCUUCCCGGGCCCUCUGUGCAGCCAAAAGCCUUUGAUGACAUUGUCACUGAGCAACAGAAAGGAAGUGGUGAUCAUGUACAUGCUGAAAAGGAGACUCUGACAGGUGGGGAGGACCCCGAGAAUAGCAGCUCAGGAGCACUAAUUAAACGGACAAGGGGGACGACUGGUCGGAAUAGAAAACCUAAAGAGACAAACGACACUGCCCCAAGUGAUUCUCCACCUGGCAAAGCAGCCUCCAAGGGUGCUAAGGUCAAAACUCAGCGUGCAGCAAGAAAACGAUCUACCCCAGCAUCUGUAGCCUCAACAUCAUAUGAUGUCGCUCCCACACCCAGACCAACACAGCCGACAGAGGAAACCCACUCAACAUCCUCUACCGCAUCACCAACACACACACAGGUGCACCUUGAACAGACUUCUGAGCACAGCCGACUAUGCUCAGACACAGCUCCUAUUACUCCUCUGUGUCCAGCUGAGGUUUCAGCUUCUCAGCAAAGUUUGGAGAGCAGCUCUAUAGAGGAGGAGCCCACCAGUGUGUCUCAGUACUUCUUAAGUGACAUUUUUACAGAAGUGGAAGACGGAUGAAAGCUGUAGGAAGAUGGAGUGAGAGGAGAAUCCUGCAGGUGGCUUUGACUUUUUAAUUUUUUGUUGUGUUAAGUUAUGUCUGUAAAGAUUAAUUUAUGACUGAAAGACUGUUUUUGUUUUUGCUGUCCGUUGUCAUGAAGUGAAGCUAAAUUUACUUUACUUUCACAAGCACUUUGAAUAUGUACAGUUGUUUGUAUUUACUGAAAUGCCUUUUUAAAAGCCUCUAGUUCAAAUAAAUAAUAAAUUGUACACAUUAACCAAAACACUGGUAAAUCACUAAUCUGAAUCGGAGGUGGCAGCAUUCCCUUAAAUAUUCAUGAAGCCUCAGAUUUCCCAAUGUGGUGAACCACCUGUGAAAAUGUAAAUAUUGUACAAUAGGAAAUGAGCUUUUGACAUUUUUCUUUUCUGUAUGUGCUCCAUUUCUAAUACAGGCCAUUACAUUGGUCUCAGGACAUAAAGACAUAACCCAGACACCAUGUAUAGCUGUAUGUUUAAAUGUAUUACCUUUUUUAAUGCCUCUUCUGUGUAUUUUUGUGCUAAUUUAUAAUCAUCCGUUCUAAUUUUGGUGUAUCAGACAAAGGAUGUUCUAAUAUUGCCUUUUCUUUUAGAAAACCGACAGACAGAAUUUCACUUCAUAAAACUGCAUCAUUGUCCCAACUUCACCCCAUACAGAGCAGAGGUACUCAGACCUUAUUUAAGGGAAAUGUUCUGCCAGCUAGCUUUCAUUAAGACAUUUUGUGAAACUGUAUAUAGUGUCAAUUAGAGGUCCUUGCACAGAUUUGCAGCAUUCAUGUUAUGUUUGAUACUUGAAACAAAAACAUGAAAUCUUCCUUAAGCAUUUCAUGAAGUCAUUAAUAGUCAAACAUGGCAUUCUGUAAGAUCUGAAUAAAAUGGAGUCUUUCACCA